AUGAUUCCUGCAAACUGUUACUUCUUCAAGCUCCCGGCGGAAUUGAAAUUGGCUGUCAUCAGCUAUCUGGACCAGAAGCGUGACCUCUAUAACAUUUCCAAGACUUCUAAGUGGUUGGAGGAUAUAGCUCUGAAGAGACUGUAUAAAGUGGUAGACCUCCAGAUACCAGCAGAGAAGAGCUCGGCAUGGAGCACAGGGGGCUACCUCAGACUCAGAAAGCAUGUGCUAAAGGCUAUACAAGAGGUCACAAUUAGAGAUGGCGUGAUGGACCAUACGCAGCCGCAAUACUCGAGGCGACGAAGAUCGGAUGCAGGGUGUCCAGAAACCUAUGCAAUGCAGGUCGUGGAAGAAAUCCCACAAAGUCAGCUCAAGUCCUUCUCUUUCAUGCAUAGGAGCCCUAUAUCGUCCCGGUUGGUGACACUCCUCAACGCCAAACAUGGGCGAAGUCUCCGAAAUCUCUCCUAUUACGCCAUGGCCACGACGAUUCUCCCGACCACAACGUUGCCUUCGUCCCUGGAAUCACUAGAAUGCAGAUCUAUUGAGGAUGGUAAAACUUUGGGAGAACUGGUAUAUGCCAGCAAAGACACGUUGAAAGCCCUGAACAUAGGAGAAGAGAAGGCAUUGGUCGAGCGAUACCAUCGCUUGCGAACAGCGAUCUAUGAUGUUGUUCCACAGCCUCUGCAUGCUUUCCAUACUGUGGUGAGUCUGGCGCAGAUUAGAAAUCUCAAGAAGCUUGGUCUGGUAGGUCUCGAUCUUGGACCGCUUGUGCCCCAGGACGUUGAGAGUGCACUUUACCUGACAAAUCUGGAAGAGCUUGUUGUGGAAUCGUGUGUAAGCAGUUCCGAAUUUUUUAUGGCUAUGACUACUAUCUUCACCUUCGCCAAGUCUGAAGCUGCGCCAGACCCCAAACCAAUACCACAACUUCGUCGUUUUCUCUUCCGUCACGAAAUAUCUACUGCAGCAAUCAAGGAGGCAAUUGUUCAGUUCCUGAACUCCUUCCAUGGGCUACAGAUGCUUUCGCUGUUGUUUGAGAACGGCUCUAUGUCCCUUCGUUUAGCAGAUAUUGCGACCAAUCAUAGCAAGACACUGAAGCAACUUGUUCUCGAGACACGUAUUCAGCCUCGUGAAUCGCUGAGGAUCGACACCAGCCGACCGUUCGGCCUGGGUGGCUACACUCAGCAACUAUGGGAGGAAGGCACGGACGACAUUUGUCGCUUGUGUUCGAAUCUCAACGAGCUGAGUGUUGGGUUCCCGUGGAACGACGAGAUGAUAAGGAUUCGCGAAUCACCCCUGCCAAAGUUACUCAAUCUGCAGACCAUGCAUAUCCGCAACUUCCCUGAAUCUAACACUCUCCUUCAGAUGGGUGAUUACACUAUCAGGGAGCACGCUACAAAAUUUCUCGAUUGGACAUUUGGUAAUGUUGUUGGUGGUAGCAUGCCACGACUCGAGACUUUGUCAAUUGGUCCUUCUGUGUACGAAAGUCGCUUUAGAGGCUCAGAUCCUUCUCGUAAACAAAUACCGGAGUUUCUCAGAACACAUCACUUUAUGGUCGAUUGGGCUCAGACGAGGUUCGGGCGGUGGUCGGCCAUGGUUACUAACGUCAGCGAGAAAUACAUGGAAGAAAUGCGAGGGGAGAAACCAAUGGGUGGUAUCUUUCAGCAAGUAUGGCUGAAGUGA